AUGCUGAGCACAGAACCCUUGGAGACAUUGAGAGUUUGGAUACCUGUUCCCUGCUCGAAUAUCCUAGCAUAUCUUAAGAAACAAGGGCUCGAUGAUGCUGUGCUUGCGGCCGUACAACUUGAUGACAAUCACGCCGACCACAACGUAUCAAUCCUGGUAGAUCUGGCCGUGAUCAAAACGGAACUAUCUCGCGUCCAGCGUCACUUUUGUUACGUCUCGUCAUCAAUGAAUGAUCUGGGUCUGGUUUUUAUUGCUGAGAGCUCAAAUGAUCCCGAGAGCCAAAGAUGGCGCAGAUAUUUUUGGGUCCAUUCCAGGUAUCUCCAGCAACAUGCAGAGGCAAAGUCGAGCAGGAAUGCCUCAGAGCGUAUGACCCUUGUGCUUGGGUGGUAUCAGAAGCGUCUGGAGAUGAUGACCAUGGUGAUGAUGCAAAAUCGCAGAAUGGAAGCUUGA